AAAAUCUCACAUCUCAAAUUUUCAUUAUAUAAAAAUAUCAAAAUUUUGGAAAAAUGGUUGCUCUCACUUUAAUCACCCCACACUCAUCUUCUUCAUGUCUGCAAUCAAAACCAUACCCUCUUCCAUUUGCAUCUUAUUCAAAUUUUGUAAUUGAAAACAGUACCUGCUUCAUUUCAAUCAGCCCAGUGAAGUUUUCCACAAGGAGAACAAGGUUUACCAUCUUAAGUGCAGCUACCAAACCUGCAAAAUCACCAGCUGAAGAAGAGUGGAAGACAAAGAGGGAGGUCUUGCUAGAAAAAAAGGUCCGAAGUGUGGAUGUAAAAGAAGCGUUACGACUUCAGAAAGAAAAUAGCUUUGUGAUUCUUGAUGUGAGGCCCGAAGCAGAGUUUAAAGAGGGUCAUCCUCCAGGUGCGAUCAACGUGCAAAUAUAUAGGCUGAUAAAGGAGUGGACAGCGUGGGAUAUUGCUAGACGGGUUGCAUUUGCCUUUUUCGGUAUCUUUGCUGGAACAGAAGAAAAUCCUGAAUUUUUACAAAUUGUUGAAUCAAAGUUAGAUAAAACCUCAAAGAUUAUAGUAGCUUGCUCAUCUGGAGGUACAAUGAAACCUACACAAAAUCUUCCUGAAGGCCAACAAUCAAGGUCUCUUAUAGCUGCCUACUUGCUAGUCCUAAAUGGUUACAAAAACGUCUUCCACCUGGAGGGAGGAUUGUAUCAGUGGUUCAAAGAAGACCUGCCAAUAGAAGCAGAAGAGUAAAGUUUUUACAAAGACUUUCUUGUAAUUUUUCCUAGCUUUAGUUCAAAACUUUCCAAGUUAAUAAUUAUGAUUUCAUAGCAUUACCUUCUGUUUUAAUCAUCUUUGAAAUGGGUGUCUGAUGCUUCUGUCUUUUUAAUCCUACAGAACUUCUAGCUAA